UAAAUUCCUUUACUGUUUUGUAGCUAUCUGAAUAUAAUAGUACAUAUUUGGUUGGUUUAGUCUGCAUAUUAAUUUUGUAUACACUUCAAAUUAUUUUGGUAUGGUUCUCGCAUUCCACCAUGUAACAACAUUUGUGUUUAUGUUAAUUUUUUAAUGUUUCUUACAUAAUUUUUGUAUGCUGAUUUCAGUGGUACCAUUGGUUUUUCUCUAUCAUCAAGAUUUCCUGAGAAAAAGCAUAAAUUUAACUAAUUACAACUGUUACAUGAAGUAGUGAAUAUGUCUAGUAGAUCCUGCAAGCUUUGUCCUGACUCAUUCUGUUAUGUUUGUGGUUACUAUAUUAGUCCAACACAAGCUAAACAUAAGAUUGUCAGUGGUACAAAAUUCUUUACUGCAUAUCAUGCUUAUUUUGGCAUGGCUAUGGGAGAUCAGGACAAAUCGUGGGCACCACACUACAGUUGUGGUAGCUGCAGAUCAACUCUGGAAGGAUGGCUGCAUGGAAUCCGAAAGUCAAUGCCCUUUGCGAUUCCGAGAAUAUGGAGAGAACCGACGAACCAUCAUGAUGACUGCUUUUUCUGCAUUGUUGGCAUUUCAAAGUAUAAAAAACCGAAAGAUAGGCUGACUCUAGUUUAUCCAAGUAUACCAUCUUCUAUUGGACCAGUUCCACACAGUGAUGAAUUGCCUGUUCCUACUCCACCUCAAUCCGAAGAAGCAGCUGCAUAUCAUUCUGAAGUAGACUCACCGGAUGAACUCAAUGAUGACUGUGAUUUCAGGGAACCGAAUGAUUUACCUCAUUUCCCUAAACAACAAGAACUUGAUGACUUAGUACAAGAUUUAGGUCUCACUAAAUCAAAUGCAGAACUUCUGACAUCACGUUUGAAAGAAUGGAAUUUAUUAGAUCCAAGCUGCAGAACCUCGAAAUACCGAAAAAGACAUGAAACAUUCGCAUACUUUUAUGUAGUAUCAGAAUCACUGUGCUAUUGUCAUGAAGUUCGUGGUCUUUUCAAUGACAUUGGCAUUGUUCACAAUCCUGAAGAGUGGAGAUUAUUCAUUGACAGCUCAACAAGAAGUCUAAAGGCAGUUUUGCUCCAUAACGGAAACCGAUUACCUUCGAUUCCAGUAGCUCAUUCCGUUCAUCUAAAGGAAGACUAUAAGAACGUGAAGUUGUUGCUUGAGAAAAUCAACUACAACAGUUACAAGUGGGAUGUAUGUGGAGACUUUAAGAUGCUAGCAUUUCUUCUCGGUCUGCAAGGAGGAUACACAAAGUACUCGUGUUUUCUUUGUUUAUGGGAUAGCAGGGCUGCAAACCAGCACUUCACAAGACGUGAGUGGCCAGUGAGAGAACAUUUACAGCCUGGUUCGCACAAUGUUAUUAAUCAAUAUCUGAUACCUGUUAAAAAGAUCUUACUACCACCCCUUCACAUUAAACUUGGUCUUAUCAAACAAUUUGUAAAAGCAUUAAACCCAGAUAGUGCAGCAUUCCAGCAUAUUCGGCAGAUGUUUCCAAAGGUGUCAAAUGCAAAAAUUUCAGCAGGUAUAUUCGUUGGUCUACAGAUUAAAGUUAUGUUGGCAUGUAAGGAGCUUGAGGACAAAAUGUCUGCUGUUGAAAAAGAAGUAUGGACUGCAUUUAGACAUGUUGUUCAUAGCUUUUUAGGCAACAAUAAGAGUGAUAACUACAAAGAGAUAGUGGAAAACUUAAUUGUACGGUACGCAGAUAUGAAAUGUAGAAUGUCAAUAAAGCUGCAUUACCUGCAUUCACACUUGGAAUUUUUCAGACCAAAUUUGGGUGAUGUGAGUGAAGAGCACGGGGAACGUUUCCAUCAGGAUAUUCUUGCAAUGGAGAAAAGAUACCAGGGCAUAUGGGAUGCAGCUAUGAUGGGUGACUACAUCUGGUGUUUGAUACGCGAUGAUGAGAAACUUCAUAAAAGAAAACCUCGUUCUACUGUUCACUUUUAGUGUUUUUUGAGAUUGUGAGAGACUGUUACAAUACAAUAUAAUGUAACAUUAUGUAAUAUAUGUAAGAAACAUGAUGUAACAUGAAGUUUUGUAACAUAACAUAACACUUUUGAAUUAGUAAAUGUUUUAUAUUGA